UUUUACAGGCCAUCAAAAAUAUAUAUGGACCAAAAAAAGUGAUGAAAGACAAAAAAGAGUAGUUCAAGAUAACACAAAUCCACUUUAACCGCUUUCCUUCCCAAAUAAAUUACCCAUAUAUUCUCUCUUCUCUCUCGUUUUUCAUUUUUACCAAAUAUCCAAACCCUAAUCUGAAGCAAUCACCGAUUAUCUCAAAAUUGCUUCUGAAAUUCGCCGGUUCUUCAAAUCGGAUACGGAGUGUUUCCAUAUAAUUUUCGUUGCUAUAUUCAGGGAUUAUGGCUCUUGCGCAGACUUACUAUUCACAAGGUGGCCCUUUUCGUGGAGACUCUACGUCCUUUUAUGGUAGAAGCCAGAUUAGUGGAAAACAUUCCUCAGCUUACAACCAUUAUAACACUGUUGUUAGCCAUCUUUUUAGAUCUAAUGGUUCCCAUGACUUGAGUAGAAAUUUUAGCGAGUAUAGCUAUGGUUAUGAUAAUUUCGUAAAGCCUGAGGCUGGACCUUCUUUGAAGAGGAGGAAGUGUUCAGCUUCUGGUUGGGCAAGCAGUGGCAGGUACUCUCAAGCAACCAAUUCAUGUAACGAUGUUCCUUCAAAGCAGCCAAGCACAUGUAAUGUUCCUUUGAGGAAUUCCAGAGCGUAUGAUGAUGCACAUUCAGCCUGUAACAACAACUCAGCCAUUACUACCAGUACUUCUAGACCUCGUUCUGAUGCAAGCGCACCCACGAGCUCUAAGCGCGACCGCUCAUGGCUUGAGUAUACUGAAACUGAUAAUAUCUUUAUGUCUAGGGAGCAAAUUGAUAAGUGCUCCCCGUCCAGGAAAGAUGGUAUUGAUGCAAUGCAUGAAGCACAUUUGCGGUACUCGUAUUGUGCUUUCCUCCAGAACCUCGGAAUUCGCCUGGACCUGCCACAGACCACUAUUGGAACUGCCAUGGUUCUAUGUCACCGCUUCUUUGUGAGGCGAUCACACGCAUGUCAUGACAGAUUUUUGGUUGCUACUGCUGCACUCUUUCUUGCAGCUAAGUCAGAAGAGACUGCACGGCCUCUCAAUAAUGUUUUGAGGGCCUCAUGUGAAAUUUUCCACAAGCAGGAUCUUGCAGUUUUAUCAUAUUUACUACCUGUGGACUGGUUUGAGCAGUACCGUGAACGUGUUAUUGAAGCUGAGCAGAUGAUACUGACCACUUUAAAUUUUGAACUGAACGUGCAACAUCCAUAUGAACCUCUUACAUCCACCCUUGAAAAAUUAGGGCUUUCUGAAACAGUAUUUGUGAAUCUAGCACUGCAUCUUGUCAGUGAAGGGGUCUAUAGAAGGAUUAGCUUGCUCGUCUGUAUGAUAUUUGCUGGCGGUUGAUAUGCUGUGCAUCAAAUGUUUUGUUUUACUAGCCAUUUCUUGUGGAUGCUUUUCCAUGCUGACAUCUUAAUAGUAUGGCCAUUGACCAUAGAAGAAUGUCAAAGAUGCUCGAGAAGUUUGCCAUGAUACUUUAUGUUUUUCAUGCUCAAAUGGAACAACUCCAUGUGGAGUCCUCAUGCACUUUGUCUCUUCAUGUAGCUUAUUGCUCAGGUGUCCAUGUAGGAUACCAAUUAUUCGCACAGAGAAUUCUAUAAUGGUUGGCGGUGUGUUCUUGACUGCCUAAUGGUGGGGUAUGGGUAGUCCAGUUUUUGGAACUGGUGAAUACAGGUUUUAUAAGUUCUUAUCUUGUUUGAAGCAAAAAAUUAUUCCUAAAAUUUGGUAUAAAACAGAGUAACAUCUUGAAGGAUUAGUAACCUUUAUGGUAGGGCAGGUCUGCCUAGACUAUUGUUUUCUGUGUGAUAAUUUGGAAAGAUUAUGAUGCCUCUGUAAUUAGUGGUUGUACCAUUUCUUGUUUCUUCCUCGACAGCAUUGAAUUGUCCUACCUCUAUUUCUAAAGGAUCCAUGUUUUGGGGAUUGUGGGUUUUGGUUCCCAGACUCCAUUUGGUGCUCUCUCUAUCCAGAAAAUAACCAGAACAUUCCUACUUUCUUCUCUCCUCUUGAUCUUCUCUCUUUCGCUACAGACAUAUUGAAUCUGGUUUUUCUAGUUAUGCUGCAUGUUAUGCACAUGUGCACUCCAUAGGCACACUUGUAGCAGAAUAAGUUACUGGCUGGAUAGUUCAUCAUCUGACUAACAGAUAAAUUAGCAACUGUCUGCCUUUGUGUAGUCCCUGCUCUAUUCCCUUGCAAAUACCAUCAAUAGAAUGAUGUUGGAGGCUUGAUUUCUGUCUUUUUUUUGGUUCUGUUAUUCUUGAUUUCUGAUAAGUGAUCUGACGAUUCAUAUUUUCCAUUUGGACACCGACUCAGAGGUAAAAGCUAGGGUCAUUGCCUUGAUGCUGUAUGGCUAGCGCCCAAUAUUGGUGGUCUGUCUGGAUGUGCUAGGAUAUUACAGUUCUUUUAAGUGGCAAUGAUUCCUAAUGGGAAAUCAAGUAGUGGUGUUAAAUGUUAGUGUUCUAACUUCUGGUUACUUGAUGGAACUCUAUGUUGAAAGUCAUACUGCAAUCACUAGCAGUAGCAAGAUGGGCUGGCAAAGUUGAUGACAACAAGUAGUUUUUGGGUCAAUGAUAGGACGUGUUUAUGUGUGUUUUGCCUUUUCCCCAGCUACUUGAUAACUUCAAAUCAUUGUCGUAAGUUCUAUUUUUUGUGUAUAC